AUGAGUCGUCAGCUGAUGUGGAUAUUACAGCUUAUGGAGUUUCUGUUUCUUGCUUCCGUAGAGGCGGAUCGCAGCAUCAGAUUCAUCGCAGGGGAAAGCAGAUUCAACCGCGAAUACUUCGACAACUUCUCCUUUAGCAUACGCAACGAUCAGAUAUUUCUAGAUAUGAACCUUCGGCAGCCCCUGCGGAGAGGAUGGCGGGCCCAUCUGGAUUUCCAGUUGCGAGUGGGAAACUCGAAGAGCUUCCAGAGUCUCUUCUCCACCAAUGUGGACGUGUGCCACAUUGUGAACGCCGCCAAAACUAAUCUGUUCAAAAAGUGGUACACGAACCUGCUUAAGUACGGCAACUUUCUGCGCCAGUGCCCGCUCAAUGCGGGACACUACUAUCUGACGGGCUGGCAGUUCGGGGAGGGCCUGGUGCCGCCGUUCAUAACUAGCGGAUCGUACCGCUUGCAGACCUACAACUUCUACGGAAAGUACAAGGGCAAAGACGAAGUCUUCAUAAUGAGCUGCACGGCCGAUGCCAUCAUCCAUAUCUGA